AAUCGGCCACCGUCUCGUCAGCGUUACAGAGUAUUUUGUCCGCCAGCCGCCGCCGUCCCAGAUAUUAGUCACCGAGUUCCAGGGCCGAGGAACUUGUGACAUGGAGGAGCCGGUUGGUGUUGCCGGCACCAUGGAGUCACCUUUUAGUCCGGGGCUCUCUCACCGGCUGGAUGAAGAUUGGGAUUCGGCCCUAUUUGCUGAACUCGGUUAUUUCACAGACACUGAUGAGCUGCAAUUGGACUCAGCCAAUGAGACUUAUGAAAACAAUUUUGAUCAUCUUGAUUUUGAUUUGAAUUUGAUGCCUUGGGAGUCAGACAUUUGGGACAUUGACAACCAAAUCUGUACAGUUAAAGAUAUUAAGGCAGAACCUCAGCCACUUUCUCCAGCCUCCUCAAGUUAUUCAGUCUCGUCUCCUCAGUCAGUGGACUCUUAUUCUUCAACUCAGCAUGUUCCUGAGGAGUUGGAUUUGUCUUCUACUUCUCAGAUGUCUCCCCCUUCCUUGUAUGGUGAAAGCUCUAAUAGUCCCUCUUCAGCAGAGCCACUGAAGGAAGAUAAGCCUGUCACUAGUCCUAGGAACAAGACUGAAAAUGGACUGACUCCAAAGAAAAAAAUUCAGGUGAAUUCAAAACCUUCGAUUCAGCCCAAGCCUUUAUUGCUUCCAGCAGCACCCAAGACUCAAACAAACUCCAGUGUUCCAGCAAAAACCAUCAUUAUUCAGACAGUACCAACACUUAUGCCAUUGGCAAAGCAGCAGCCAAUUAUCAGUUUACAACCUGCACCCACUAAAGGUCAGACGGUUUUGCUGUCUCAGCCUACUGUGGUACAACUUCAAGCACCUGGAGUUCUGCCCUCUGCUCAGCCAGUCCUUGCUGUUGCUGGGGGGGUCACACAGCUACCUAAUCACAUGUUGAAUGUGGUACCAGCCCCUUCAGCGAAUAGCCAAGUGAAUGGAAAACUUUCCGUGACUAAACCAGUCCUACAGAGUACCAUGAGAAAUGUGGGUUCAGAUAUUGCUGUGCUAAGGAGACAGCAACGUAUGAUAAAAAAUCGAGAAUCUGCUUGUCAGUCCCGCAAGAAGAAGAAAGAAUAUAUGCUCGGGUUAGAGGCGAGAUUAAAGGCUGCCCUUUCAGAAAACGAGCAACUGAAGAAAGAAAAUGGAACACUGAAGCGACAGCUGGAUGAAGUUGUGCUAGAGAACCAGAGGCUUAAAGUCCCUAGUCCAAAGCGAAGAGCUGUCUGUGUGAUGAUAGUAUUGGCAUUUAUAAUAUUGAACUAUGGACCUAUGAGCAUGCUGGAACAGGAUUCCAGGAGAAUGAACCCUAGUGUGAGCCCAGUAAAUCAAAGGAGGCACCUUCUAGGCUUUUCUGCCCAAGAAGAGCAGGACACAUCAGAUGGUAUCAUCCAGAAAAACAGCUACAGAUACGAUCAUUCUGUUUCAAAUGACAAAGCCCUGAUGGUGCUAACUGAAGAACCGUUGCUUUAUAUUCCUCCCCCUCCUUGUCAGCCCCUCAUUAACACAACAGAAUCUCUCAGGUUAAAUCAUGAACUUCGAGGAUGGGUUCAUAGACAUGAAGUAGAAAGGACCAAGUCAAGAAGAAUGACAAAUAAUCAACAGAAAACCCGCAUUCUUCAGGGUGCUCUGGAACAGGGCUCAAAUUCUCAGCUGAUGGCUGUUCAAUACACAGAAACCACUAGUAUCAGCAGGAACUCAGGGAGUGAGCUACAAGUAUAUUAUGCUUCACCUAGAAGUUAUCAAGACUUUUUUGAAGCCAUCCGCAGAAGGGGAGACACGUUUUAUGUUGUGUCAUUUCGAAGGGAUCACCUGCUGUUACCAGCUACCACCCAUAACAAGACCACAAGACCAAAAAUGUCAAUUGUGUUACCAGCAAUAAACAUAAAUGAGAAUGUGAUCAAUGGGCAGGACUACGAAGUGAUGAUGCAGAUUGACUGUCAGGUGAUGGACACCAGGAUCCUCCACAUCAAAAGCUCAUCAGUUCCUCCUUACCUCCGAGAUCAGCAGAGGAAUCAAACCAACACUUUCUUUGGCUCCCCUCCUGCAGCCACAGAGGCAACCCACGUUGUCAGCACCAUCCCAGAGUCAUUACAAUAGCACCCUGCAGCUAUGCUGGAAAACUGAGCGUGGGAUCCUGCCAGACUGAAGAGCAGGUGGACGAAAUGCUGCUUUCUGCCUUCUUGGUGGCAGCCAGAGAACUGCCUCUGCUAGAAUUCAAGGAGGAAAGAAGAAGAAAUAAAAGAAGCUGCUCUAUUUAUCAUCAUCUACCCAUCUAUUUGGAAAGCACUGAAAUUCAGACACCAGAGAACAAUAUUUCUUCAGUGGCAAAUGUAGCCCUGCAUCCUCCAGUGUUACCUGGUGUAGAUUUUUUUUCUGUACUUUUCUAAACCUCUCUUCCCUGUGUUGGUCUUGUGUUUAACCAGUCAUCUUCUUUCAAAUAAGGUCCAUCUCUCCUUUUUGCCAUUUCACUUAUUGAUUCGUAAAGUGAAUUUUAUUUAAAGCUAUGCCACACAUGCAUGUUCAAAUAGUUUCCACUGAUUCGAUUUUUCAUUCAUUUAAUGCAAACUCAUUCUGGAUAUUAUGCUUAUUUUUUAAAAAAUACAUUUCAAAACCAGAACAGCCAAAAACAAUCCAAAAAGAAUCAAAACAAUUUGGACCCUUAGGUAAAAGGGAAAACUCCCAAUUGGUAAAGUUUAUCUUUACUUAGGAUUUGUGGCUCGAACCUGAACAAAGCAGGUGAGGGAGUGGGUGCAAAUUUGGGUGAAGAGAAGGGAAGGGAAGGACCCGUGGUGCAGUUUGGAGAGAGGAGAUAGUUCCAUUCAUAUACAUGUUUAAAAGAUGGCAAGUUGGAUGUGAUUGCAGUAUGAGAUAAAGCCACAGCUAUCAUUUACUUUGAGGACUCUAGGCCAUCAAGUAUUGGCACACAUACUUAAGUUUUCUCUUUACUAAUGUGGUCCUCAUGGACCACAGGACACAGCUUUCGUUUUCAUUCAUUAUUCUAUUGAAAUUAUACCAAAUUCAGCUGAGGAACAUGGAAGUAACUUUAGAUUUAAACAAGACAAAAGCUUUUUCACUGAAGAACUGAGAUGUACUUGUUCCUUAAAACAAUGCAGAUUAGUGAAUGUGGAUUCCUGCUGAGGGAGUGCAUCCCAUAAUAUGGCAAUAAUUUUCAGUUUUUCCAAUGAAAAGACAGUGAAAGAAUUAAAUCAUUUGUCCUCCCAUGGUUUUUAAAAAAAGCUGUGUUCAUUUUUACUGUACUUUGCCUCUUUUUUCAUGUAGACAGUUUUGUUUCAUUUGAUGAAUUCACAGAAGUGGAUCUCAGUGAUGUCCUCUCUAAUGUUCUACCUUCAGUUUCUAAGGUGAGUCUUCCUCCCUAUUCUACAAAACUUUUCAAUUUCUUGAUGUCAUUCUACAAACACUGCUUCUUACCCCAGUUGACUUGCCUUUGUCAGAUUUCUUCCCGUUCCACAGUGUCAAUCAAUUCCUCUUCUUCCUUGCAAGAAAGGGAAGGAGACGUUAUAGCAACCUCUCAAGGAUUAUAUGCAGCUGGUUAGUUUUCUGCCAGUGAAAUUAGGCCUGGCCCCUAAAUAAUUUUAAACAAUCAUCAGCACUUCUAACUCUCUGGAUAGGUGACCCUUUGUCCAAGCUAGUUAGAUGCUUUCCAAGGAAAUCAGUUCAACUUUUGUGAGUGGGAAAAAAGGGGGCUUUACUGUUGUAUUACUUGGGCAUCUGGAGUUUGAAAAAUGCGAAUUAACCUUCCUCUUUUUCCACAUUACAAACCAUUUUAAGUUAGGGCAGCCCUCCCUUUAGAUUUGGCUAUCCUGGGUGAUUUUCAGACAAGAACCAUUUUCCCUGGGGGACAUUCUUCUAGUGGGUACCAAGGAAUAUAAGGCAAAUGCCCAGAAGUCCUUCAGGUGACUGGGCAGUCUUAUCGUGGGAUAUUUUCUCCUGGCACUGCUCCUUCCCAUUCUGUAAUGUGAAUUAGCCACACAAGAGGCUGUGAGCACGGCUAGUAAACAGCAGCAGCAAAGUCUUCCUUAAGCUGCUAAUCUUCUGCUGGAACUGUCGUACGUUUUCAUGGUCAGUGUAAACCUGGUUCGAGUGGGGUGAUUAGAAAUGGAGUUUCCCUCCUCCGUGGCACAGAAUCACAGAAGGACCCA